GAGGGCGGGAAACUACAACUCCCGGCAUGCCCCGGGCGCCCCCGGCGCGCCCCCCUCCCGUCAGUUCCAUGCUGCUCCAUCCAGUUCAUUUAAAACAAAAGAGUUUGAGCGCUGGAAGGGGCUGGGCUCUAUUGGGGGCCACUGAGCGACGCUCCGGGACUGGGGCUCGGUGCGGGAGCCUAAGGGGGCGUCUGCUCGUCGGAGGGUAGAGACUCUGGGUCCGAGGCGGAGGGGUGGGGGCUAGGGCCCGCAGCCCCCCACCCCACCCCGUCACCCCGGAGCGAAAGGAGAUCUGCUUUCUUGGUUUUGCUUCUUUUCCCCCACCCCCACCCGGGGGCUGGGGCGAGGGGAGUCAGGUUACAGGGUGCUUGGGGAGGGGGGCUUAGGGGUGGGUCUAUCUUUCUAUCUCGCUUUCUUCCCCCCUCCCCAGCUCUUUGUUCCCCCUCCCCACACACCCCCUCCUCUCCUCUCCCCUCCCCUCCUCUCUCCUCUUCUCCCUUCCACCACCUCUCUCUCUCUCUCUCUCCCCCAGCUUUUGUUUCGCCAUGCCUAGUCUAGUGGUAUCUGGAAUAAUGGAAAGAAAUGGGGGCUUUGGAGAACUAGGAUGUUUCGGGGGAAGCGCUAAGGACCGAGGGCUGCUGGAAGACGAGCGCGCCCUUCAGCUGGCUCUUGAUCAACUCUGCCUCCUGGGUUUGGGGGAGCCCCCCGCCCCCACGGCGGGCGAGGACGGGGGAGGUGGGGGGGGCGGCGCCCCCGCGCAGCCGGCCGCCCCCCCGCAGCCGGCCCCGCCGCCGACGCCCGCGGCGGCCCCGGCCGCCCCGAGCGCGGCCCCCGCGGCGCAGACGCCCCAGCCCCCCACCGCCCCCAAAGGGGCGAACGACGCCAAGCUCUGCGCGCUCUACAAAGAGGCCGAGCUGCGCCUGAAGGGCAGCAGCAACACCACGGAGUGCGUUCCCGUGCCCACCUCCGAGCACGUGGCCGAGAUCGUGGGCAGGCAAGGCUGCAAGAUUAAGGCUCUAAGGGCCAAAACCAACACCUACAUCAAGACACCUGUGCGAGGUGAGGAGCCCGUGUUCAUGGUGACCGGGAGGCGGGAAGACGUGGCCACAGCCCGGCGGGAGAUCAUCUCCGCGGCUGAGCAUUUCUCCAUGAUAAGAGCUUCACGCAACAAGUCUGGAGCAGCCUUUGGCGUGGCCCCUGCUUUGCCAGGCCAAGUGACCAUCCGUGUACGAGUGCCCUACCGCGUGGUGGGACUGGUGGUGGGCCCCAAGGGAGCGACCAUCAAACGCAUCCAGCAGCAAACCAACACAUACAUCAUCACUCCCAGCCGGGACCGCGACCCGGUGUUUGAGAUUACCGGCGCACCGGGCAACGUGGAGCGUGCGCGGGAGGAGAUUGAGACGCACAUCGCCGUGCGCACCGGCAAGAUUCUUGAGUACAACAGCGACGGCGACUUCCUGGCUGGCAGCCCCGACGCUGCCCUGGACAGCCGCUACUCAGACGCCUGGCGGGUGCAUGCUCCAGGCUGUAAACCGCUCUCCACCUUCAGGCAGAACAGCCUGGGCUGCAUAGGCGAGUGCGGCGUGGACUCUGCCUUUGAGGCCCCGCGCCUGGGCGAGCAGGGCGGGGACUUCGGCUACGGCGGAUAUCUGUUUCCGGGCUACGGUGUGGGCAAGCAGGACAUGUACUAUGGCGUGGCUGAGACAAGCCCCCCGCUGUGGGCGGGCCAGGAGAACGCCACGCCCACCUCGGUGCUCUUCUCCGCCUCCUCCUCCUCUUCUUCAGCCAAGGCACGCGCGGGCCCCCCAGGCGCGCAUCGCUCUCCUGCCACCUCCGCGGGGCCAGAGCAGCUGGCUGGGCUCCCUCGGAGGCCCCCUGGAGAGCCACUGCAGGGUUUCUCUAAACUGGGGGCGGGUGGGCUACGGAGCCCCGGCGGCGGGCGGGACUGCAUGGUGUGCUUUGAGAGCGAAGUAACAGCAGCCCUGGUGCCCUGUGGACACAACCUUUUCUGCAUGGAGUGUGCAGUACGCAUCUGCGAGAGGACGGACCCAGAGUGUCCUGUCUGCCACAUCACCGCCACACAAGCCAUCCGAAUAUUUUCCUAAGCUCCAUGUCCCUGGUCUCCUGGGCCCACACCCUAGGGUGCCGCCCUGGACCUGUAGGGCUUUUUGAAAAAUCAGUGACUACAGGGCAAGGUGCUUGGAAAUAUUCACUUGCUGGGGUGGGGAAGGGGAGGCCUGAGUGGCUGGUGGCGGGGCCACUUUCAGAGCCUCUGGUUACCCUUUGGGAGGGGCCAUAAGUUUUACAAGAGUUACAACUCUGAUACCUCAACACACCCUUAAAUCUGGAAGCAGCUAAGAGAAGCUUUUGUUUAGCCUGAAGUGACCACCAGGACAUACAUCUGACCUUUCCCUUCUCCCUAUCGUGUCAUUUUGCCCCUUCUCUGGAGGGGUGAGAACACGGAGAAUUGCCAUCUGUAGCUAGAGGUGCUCUGAGUGACAGCCAGCCCUCUGGCCCUGCCCUCCCAUCUCCUAACAUGACCCUUUAUCCCCCCUCUCACACACACACACACACACACACACACACACACACACACGCACGCACGCACGCACACGCUCGUAUCCUGAGUUCCCAACAGUAUAAGGAGAUGGGGCCUAUUAAAGAUCUGGGUAGAUCUUCUGAGGUGGAGGAGGGUACCAUUAAAGGGCUAACAACUUACUGUCUUACAAGCUCGGCUAGACAGAGCUGGGAAGAGGGCUUCUCUUUCCCCUUCAACUUUUUGUUUGGCUUUUCCCCAGUUUUUUUCUUCUGGAUCUGCCCUUCGUUUUGUUGUUGUUGUUGUUUUCCCUAUUUCUUCAGCUCUCCCCUCCCUCCACCUCCAGCCGGCUGUUACCUUCAUCCAGUCCCUUGUUCCUCUUGCCUCUGCUAGCCCAGCUGUGGGAUAACAUGUUCCUAGGAGAGAAGUCUGGAGAACGUUUCCAUAGCCCCCACCCAGUUCCUCUUCUUGUAGUGGACCGCCCUUCCCCCACUCCUCCAAAGAAUCAGUUCCAAUUCUUGAUGGAAUGUAGUUCUAGACUCAGUGACAAUUUGAGACGGGAAACUAAUAACGGGGUAACUAAUGUAAACUAAUGGUGGGGUGCAUGAAAGGUUGGAACCCCACCUUCAUCAUCUGUGGGCAUUAUACUUAGGGAGCAGUUCUUCUCCUGGGUCUUCUGCCCAAGGGAAGGGAAAGCAGAACAGAGGGACAGUCCUGGGGCCAGAGAGAUGUGUCUGGAAGGGCUCCCCCACCCCUCACCGGCAGUGGCCUACCCCGACCUCUCUGCACCUCACUGAACCAUUAUCGAGUCCUUAUUCUAUUCGCCACAAAUCAUGAAUUCUGUCUUACCCACUGGCUGAGGAGAGAGGCCAGGUCUUUGGUGAGGGGUUGGGCCAGGGCGAAGCAGGAUUGAGGUGCAGUGAGCCUGUCACAAGAAUCAGGUACUGUGACCGGCCUAGCACCCCUUUGCUGCUGCCCUUGCUCCCUGGAGUCUGUCAGCAGCCUCCUACCCUCCUGGUUCCGCUGGCCGGGCCAGGAGAGGAUGGGUGACCAGGAGGCCAGGAGAUGCUUGUAUAUAGUUGGGUGGGACUAUUCUGAGCUCUAGCUCAGGAGUCCCACUCUUCCUGGAUGGGGGAAGGAUGUGGGAUGAGGGCAGAGGGAGGUCUCUCUCUUUUGCCUCUUGUGAAUUAACUUGCCUCUCCUCAGCCUUCCCCUCCAGAACACCAGCCUGGGAGGGGAGAGGAAGGAGGUCACAGCCCAGAAAACUGGCCUGUGGCAGCUUCCCUCCUUCCCACCAACGUGAGCCAUCUUGAGAUGUCUGUACAAUAGAAACCAAACCAAAUGGGCACCCUGGGCUGCCCAGGGGCAGGGGGCGGGGCGGGGGUGGGAAGAAGGGAUGUCUGUCUGUCAGUCCCCUCCCCCUCUCUACUCCUUACCCACAAAGGCAAAAGACUGUUACACUAGGCUCCACAGACCCAAUCCCACCCUUGCUGAGUGAGCCUUUCCUAGAAACAAGCGCAAAAGUGAGCUAGCAGCGAGCGAGCGGCAAACAGAGCAGUGGGGGAGUGAGAUGGGCGACCAACAGAGGAGAGGAAACAAAAAUAGCAAAAAAAGAAAAAAGCAGUUCUUUAUAAUUUAAUAUUCUAUUUUAAUAAAGGCAUUUAUUACCGUAUAAAUGUAGCAAAGAACCUGGGCUAAUAUGAAAAAAAGACUUUUUAUUAGGUAAUUUAUUAUAUGAAAAGGAUAUUUUAUUUUAUGAUAAAGUGAUCCUUAAAAAAAACUUUAGAAGGUUUAGAAUAUAUGUAGGGAGAGAAGAAAAAAAUACAUUUGUAUUCAGAGUUAAAUCUUAAAAAAAAAAGUUUUUAAUAUAUGUUCGGGUUUAUGUUCUUUUUUUUCCCCUCAUCUUUUUUUUGGGGAGAAAUGUCAUUUGCUUUUCUUGGGGGAGCAUCCUGGGAUGGAUGGUGGAGAGGGAAUGGGAGUUGGUCCCUUCUGGGGCCCCCACCAGUAGAUUGGAUUUCACUCUGUGGGCUCCCCUCCCCCUCCCCCUCAGGGGAGCCGGCAGAGCCAAACAAAGGAAGGGAUUUACCAGAAAGGAAGAAGCUUUGGGACUAAGGACUGAGGGUCCUGGAGUGUCCCUCCUUCCCUACCCUGUGUCAGGGGCAGUCAGGAGGGAAAGCCAGAACUGAGGCCUAACAGGCCUACUGAAACCCUCAGAGGUGUGAGAUUUAAGAGAAAUAGAUUUUUUUUUAACCAAAAAAUUUAAAAAAAAAAAUGAGAAGAGAAAGAAAAACCGAGGGGUUUAAAAGAGAAUACUACAAAAUAAUUCAAAUUUAUUUCAUAUAAUCCUAGAGAAAGAAAAAGAAUUACUAGUUACUUAGUAGAUGAUACUCAGAUAGCUUAAAGUUUAGUAGCAUUGCGGGCCGCUGAGCCCAGUAGAAUGAUAAAAGUAUGGGGGAAAAAAACAAAUAGAGGCCAGUGACUGAGCUGCCCUGCCCCUGGGAACACGGCUAGAGCAGGCUGCUAGCUUAGACUGGGAGCUUCCAGUCUGCUGGGGUUCGGUUUAAGUGCGGGACAAGAACAUGAGAGGCUCUGUCCCAGGGUCUUUGCAAGACUUUUGCACUGGUCAUCAGAAGCUCUGGAGGCUGGGCUGAGCCUGGCCAUCUGUUAGGAAGCCCCUACUCCUAAUGUCCAACCCUCCCGAGGCAGCAUCUCCCAGGCCACCCUGAGGAAGUCCUUAAAGUCACCUAGGCCCACCUUACAGGUGGGUUCAAGAGCCAGUGGAGUGGUUCCGAGAGAUUGUCAGCUCAGACUCCAGCACCCAUGCAGGGUGGGUGUGGCAUUGCAGUUUCUAGCACUGUUUUCCUUAACAUCUGUAGUGGGGUUUUUGUUCAUUUGUUUUUUGACGCAGGGUCUCUAGCUCAGUCUGGCCUUAAACUAGCAACCAUCUUGCUGCGUCCAGUCACUGAGACUACAAGGUCCACACCACUAUGCCUGGCUUAGAGAAGGUACAUCCCAAGAAAGACUUCCUACUCAGGAAGUAGAGUGCAAGUAUUGUCCCUACGGGCCUGGGAGAACCCCUCCCCAUCCUGCCCCCCCAGAACAGAUAGAAGUGCAGGGAACAUGGGUGGCCUCUGUGCAACCUUUGUGUCCCAGCCGCCUUCUGUGUUCAGAUAGGGAUCACCCAAAGGGCCACGUCACAGCACCUUCCCCACAGAAAGCCCGAAGCCUGACUUCUGCAUGUGAGAAAUAGGCAUUUUUAAGCACUUGCCUUAGCAUCAGUCCCAGCUAGCAGUCGGAUCGGGAUUGGGAGAGAGAGGCCUCUUGGCUUUAGCUUGAGCAAGCAGUGUACCAGUGAUUGACAUGCCACUUCAUGACCCUAGAGCCCAAACACAUCUCCCUCUCCCCAAUUUACUCUUCUCACCCCAUCUAGAGACUAGAAGUCCCCCUGCCCUUUUUUGCCCUAGGACCCUCAGUAUGUGGAGAUGGUAGCAUCUGGAAAUUGGGAGAAUUUCCCCCAGCACUCUUGAGGGCGAGUGCUCGGAGGGAGGGUCGAGUGGUUGGGUGGAGAUAGCCCUGGGGCAGGGAACAUGGUCUCUCCACUGUAGAAAGUAGAGUAGGAUCGUGGUCAGACUUAAUUUGAGGCAUCAAGUGACUCGUACAUAUCACCUAGGAAGAUUUCAAAUGCAAAGUAAAGGUGGAAAUGAAACAGACCCAUGAAUAAUUGUCAAAGUGAUGUUGCACACAAUGCAGAGAAACCAAGAAGGGGGAGGGUUAAUGUAUUAAAUGUGCUAUUGAGAAGUUAAUUUUAUUAAAAGUAUUAUUACUUAAG